CCUGGAGUCCUCUGGCUUCACCCAGAUACAGGGCUGUUGUGUCCCAGGCCCCCAAGCCUGUUGUCCCAGACGCAGUCCCAUCUCUGGCCCCGGUGCAGGACACCAGGCGCUGGGCACACUCCCUGCCCACACGGGAGCUCCAGGGGACAGCGCACCCUGAGCCAAGGCAGCGCCCGGAAGGAGCUGUCACCAAGCGAGGCUGGGUCUCCCCCAGCAGGGAGUCCAGGCGCCUGGGGGCUGAUUCAGUUCCAGGGGGAGUGGAUUGUCCUGGCUCUGGCAGGCAGCACCCACAAGACGGCAGACAGGUCUCUGCUGAGCCCUUUCACGGCAACGUUUGUCCAAAAUCAGAACGACCGCUGGGAGGUGUCGUACGCUAUGAUCCGGAGCAAGCGCUGUGUCACCUGGUCUUACGUGCUGAUUUCUGAGACCCAGGUUGGGAAAUUCUCGGUGGUCCACAGUGGAGGGUCCCAGGCAGACCAGGAGGAGGUCCGGGUGUACGACACGGACUACGCCUCCUUCGCCCUCCUGCUCUCCAGGAGAAAUUCAGGCAGCCAGAGCAUCCUCAGGGUCAGCCUGCUCUGCAGAGCGUGGGCCAUAAAGCCCCAGGUGCUCCGUAGAUUUGUCUGCCUGGUCCAAGCCCAGGGCCUCGCGGACCACCACAUCGUCUUCCCAGACCUGUCAGACUUCCUCAUCCGUCCAGAUUCCUGCUGAUGGACGGACUCGCUCUCCCGAGCCGGGCCCUGCCUCGCUGCCCCCUUCUCCCUCCGCUCUCAGCAUAAAAUAAACGCACUGUUGGGAUC